UUGUUUUCUUAUUUCGGGUUUCAGAUGUUAUUCAAUUGAAGUUCGUUAGUGCAUGCAUUCAGCAUGAAAGAGGAGAAAAAAUAUUUUGUUGUUGUGUUUCCGGAGGAUUCGUCCACUCCGCAUCGGCAAUCACAGACAUUCGAUUCUCAACUGGAAGCCGUUAAAGAAGCUAAGAAGACUCCCGGUGCGCGUUUCAGGAUUUGUACCAGUGUUGAUGAAAUCGACCAUGUUAGCUCGGUUGAUACCCCUAAUCGAGAGAAGAGGUUUCCGUCAGAAUCAAGUCCUGCUCCGGAAGUCGCAAUUGCCGCAUUUCCGUCCGUCACCGUCUCAAUGCUCUCAGAAUUUCGCAUGAUAAUUGAACAAAACGAUGUACGGAAAUUCAAAGAUAAGGUUUGGUCAAACCCGAGGUACCUUAUUGCAAAUGGGGACUGUCCGACGAUUCUUCGUGAAGGAAAUUGGCGGAGGAACGGACUUCACGUUGCGGCGUAUGCCAGGCGUCCCGAAAUGAUUUCCCUCCUGCUCGAAACCAUUAAAGAUUCGGCAUUUUUGAAACUAGCCUAUCCCAUGGAAUCAGAGGAGGAUUUGGCGUUCAAAGCAAAUCAUCUUGCUGACCUGUAUUUGAAAAAUAGGGAGAAAAAAAAGUGCAACACUCCGUUGCACUGUGCAGUUGCCGCAGGUUGUGUGCGAUGUGUGGAGAUGCUUGUUGCUGUCCCAGAAUGCAGACGCUUCGAGAAAAACGCCGACGACAAGCUACCAUUUGAUUUGAUACCCGACAAUCUGGCGGAGUGGGAGAAAGAGCGGCUGUUUCAGUUACUUGGCUCGGGGGUCGUCUUGUGUUUUGAAUCACAACAAGGCCCUCAAAUAGUUUUGCAAGAUGAAACCAAUGUGUCUGAUGCGUGUGAAACCUUUGAUGGUGGGCAUUUACGAGCAAUUGCCGGUCCAGUGCCAUGCGAUUUACUUCCGAAUUUCAUGCAUACGUGGAAGGCUGGCAACGAAAGUAUCCCAAAAAGCUUGAAAGCACUUCAUUCUGCCCCGGGGCUUAAUGUCAAGUUGAGUGAUUAUGAGAAAGGCGCGGAGCGGAUUGGAAGAAAACUGUGCAGGCAAUAUCGUGUUUUGUGGUCCGAACGAUGGGAUUUCCUCGAUGACUUCCUCGACAUAGCUAGUUCUCGGGGAUUGAAGAAACUGGAUGAAUUCCUUUCUCGGAUUUGCGAGGACAUGAAAGAUAAAAAGUUGGAAGAGUUUAUACUAAAAACUCCUCCCAAACCACCUGUGAAGCGCUCAAAAAUUGUGUUCGGAAGUUUGCCGUCCUCCCCUUAUGAACGUCCAGCAAACCCUGUUCCGCCUGAUUCUUCUCCUGUCACACCAAUAACAUCGCUAUGCGGCAGAAUGGCGGAAUUGAGAUUAGAUUAUUGCGAAAAUUCAGACGAAGAGAUCGUUGACGACAAUACUGUUUCUGGGAGCUUCUCCAUAAGCUUUUCGCAAGACUUGGAAAUAUGUGAUGAAGAGGACGAUGCGCUUCCGGAAGAAUGUGAUUCUUUUUCUACGGCACCCGGGUCCCCAAGCGAUGAAGAUUGGCGGCGGGAGAGACCAAGUUACUUUAUUGGCUACGAAGAGUUUACGCAAGAAGACGCCCAAGUAUUUUUAGCCUUGGAUGACUGCGAUUACUUGAACGACAUUCAUAGUGAAGAAUACCCUUACGUUUUUGAUUGGUUUCUGAGGAUCUUGACGAAGUUCACGAUGUCUGAAAUCGAAAGAAGGGCACGAAACAGAGGUGUCGUCCGGACGUCUUUGUCAAUUGCAAGUUCCGGAUCAGUCCGAGCUUUAUCCUCGCCUGCCUCAUCAAGCGGAAUUUUAGGGUCACCAUUUUCACCGCGUAUUGCUGUAGAAAAAGCGUUUUCCACUACUCCCGUCAGGUCGAAGCGGAAGUCUUUGAUUUUGCGUUGACAUUGAGUGUGACAAAUUAUUGCUGUGAGUUGUGAAAUAUUGACACUUGAACAGACUAUUUUCGAUUUUUCUAACGCGAGUUGCGCGCUGCAGAAUGACGUAUCGACAGUUGAAAUGUCUUUGUCUUCCUGAACAUAGUGCUGUUAGAAGAAAGUUUUUCGUUCGCGUUUCCCGAGCUCGGCGGGAUGCCACAGUGAUGCUGAUGCGACGGAAAAGGAAAAAAAGAACCUGUAUUUGAAGA